GAACACAGCUUAGAUUAGGUUUUAAGAUGAUUUAUAUGAGCAAUUGUUUUUUUGCCGAAAUGGAGUUAAAAUUAUAGUAAUAUGACAUGUAUAAUAUAUGAUACCUCCAGGGCCUAAAUAUCAACUUAAGACACUUGUCGGUUACAAAGAUCAUUGUAUUUCAAAAUAUCGAAACCCAGCAUAUACAUUUGGAGGUCGUCGUGUCAUCUUUGAAGUGGCAAAAACUCCAGGACCGAAAUACAUGAUUAAAGAACAUAGACUCAAAGGAUUUACUUUUGGACAUACUGUAAAACGUCGUGAUAUCGUGUUCGGACCUGGUCCAAAAUAUAUGUUACCCGAUGUCGCUCAUGGUCCUUUUUAUUCAAUCAAAUGGAGAACUAAAUUUAGGAAAACUAGUGAAACUCCAGGACCUUAUUACAUCAAGCCUUUUACUGAUGCGCCAGCGUUUUCCAUAGGAUUGCGCACAGCUGCGAAGAAACCCCAAAUUAGCGUAGGUCCCUAUUCGUACAGUUUGGACGCAGUGAAACCAAGAGCACCGAUGUAUACUAUUGCUAGUACUAGACGUGCAUUACAGUUAAUUUCCGAAAGUCCAGGUCCGAUAUAUGCCGUUUUGCCACCUAAAUCGACUCGCGUCUGUUCGUUCGGUGUAAAACACAGCGAAUGUGCACCACCCUAUAUCACUAAAUGCGACGAACAGUGCUAAUGCUGAAGAAAGAAUUUGUUUGUAUCGAAUUAUCAGACUCGUA